GUAUUGUCAGUUGCAGCAAAACCGCACGUUACUUUUUCUCCUGUUGGGUCUUUGUCAGAGAUAUUGCACGUCGUUCUUUUGUCCAGCAUCUCCAGUUUGAGCCUUGAGCGUUCUGCCUUGUUUCCCAGUUGCGAUUCUUCCCGGCCGAUAGAAAGACCAGCCUCUUUGAUCAACGAACCCCACCAUGUCUGAUGUGUAUCGCAAGACGGGACGCGGAGGAAGCGGGAACUUUUACUCGAAAAAGGACGUCGAGGACGUCGAGAAGGCCAAUCCCGAGGACGUCGAAGCCCAGAAGACGAACAACGCUACAGUCGCCUCGACUACCAGCUCGACAUCGCCGACGGCCGGCGGCUACGCGCGUGCGGGCAGAGGCGGGGCGGGGAAUUUUCACGAUGCGUCCUCCCUGCCAGAUGCGAAGCACCAAGAAGAGGUCGCAGGGAAGACGCGGGCGGCCGUGAGCGCCAGCCUCGCUCGGUCGUCUCGGGGCGCCUCGGGACGUGGCGGGGCCGGCAACUACGGAGAAACCAGCGUUCCGGGCGGCACCGAGACGGCCGAGGGGGAGGCGAAGCGCAAGGAGGCGCUGGAGAGAAAGAUCAUUGAGGACGUCGAGGCCGGGCUUCCGAUGCCGCCGAGGGCGUACCAACACACCUCGAAGAAGGACGAGGACGAGGAUUGACGUCGUCGUGUCAAGAGAGAACGAAAGAGGGUCUUUGUUACGCCAGGGCAGCUGUUUACGAUUACCAUUUGGGUACUCUUGGAGUUCAGGGGAUGGGGUUUGAUUGUACGACACCGAGAACAAUGAUACCCGCGACGCCCGCUUUGGGCGGUUCACUUCCGGAUUGACACUUGAUGGACGACGGUAUUUGCGGGAGUCGCAAUGGUAGCAUCUGUCUUGCUUGCUGCUUUUUAUAGAUAUGGAAAUGCUGGGUAGGUGUUGGGCCAUGCAUGCUUCAUGCGCUGCUAUGCGCCCUCUUAUUCAAUCGACAUGUUCAGCAAAGAUCCUCCUACUCGUAUGGCAUGAAAAGAGCAUCCCGACUGGCUGCCCUAAAGGCCGCGGACGACACAGGCAAGCGUCCGUAAGAGGGAAGGAUGGCGAAAGGCGGUGGACUGAGAGGAUGCCCGAUCUGAAUCUGGACCUCGGAUAACUUUUUCUUUCUUGGUAUUCCUUCUUCUCAGAGCCACCAAACGCCGUCGAUGCUAACCGCCCUUUUGUAUCCCUCAACGCCCGAUAAACCAAAAUAAACCCCCAAAAAGAACCCCAACCUCUCUUCGCCUUGUCCAUGGAUGAUGAGGGCGGAGGGGCGGAAGAGAGGGGGGGUCCCAUCGAUUAGCAUUUUGUCUCUUUCUUCUUGCUUUGUGCGUCUUUUCCUCCCCUGAGCUCUUGGUCGGUUGGUCGAUGGUGUAUAGACAUGAGCUGACGUCGUCUCCUCUCUCCUGGCACCAU